CGAAAUAAAAUUUACGUACAUUUGUGCAUUAAUGCUUUAUAUAUUCUAUUUGAGAACUGAAUGUGACAUAAAUAUUCUCAAUAAAAUUGGAUUUACCUGAUAACUUAGUAGGAUAUUUGUAAUACAACCAAUUUUCAUUGGAUUUGUUGGUGGAGUAGCGCAAAUAUCAUUUUUCUUCCUACCGGUUAUUACACCACAUAAACAUAUUCGAACGCGAAUUCCUUUUUAUUAUAACGUCAAAAUUUAUUAAAAACGCAUAAAAUCAAACGGCAAGCCAAGCAUACUAGAACAACAAGGUAGCCAAACAAACUGAAUGAUUGGAAAAAAGUCAAAAUACCGAAUCGAAUACAUUUUAUUAAAUCCAAAUUUGGUCUAUGCUGAACGAAAAAUCAACAGCUAUGUAAAAAAAGAGCCGCGAAAUAAGUCGCAGUGUUUGUAAACUGGCGGAAAAAUCAUAAUGGUCUCAACUAGAGGUCCCAAAUAUAAGUUUGCGGUUGGAGAAAGAGUUCUUUGCUAUGAGCCGGAUCCAACGAAGGCAAAAGUACUUUAUGAUUCAAAAGUGAUUGAAAUUGUGGAAGACAAAGACAAAAAAAGACGACGCUCUGUCGAAUAUUUGAUACAUUUUCAAGGUUGGAAUUCAUCAUGGGACCGAGCGGUUCAAGAGGAUUUUGUUUUAAAAGAUACUGAUAAAAAUAGACAAUUGCAGCGUGAUUUGGCCGAAAAGUCAAGUCUUCAAAUUGGAGCAUACUUGUAUCGAAAAGAACGAAAAAAGCGUAAGGGUAGUAGUAAUACGAAUGCUGUGGAAGCAAAAAUCCCAUUUCGACCAUCGUCAGAUGAUGGUAGUUCAUGCUGUAGUACAACACCUGGUAGCGUUGUUCAAGAAGAAGUCCCCGAAAAUAUUCCCAGCAAUCAAACAAUGGAAACUGAAGAAUCGUGUAGUAGUUCGGCUGAUAGUAUUGUCGAGGAUGACAGAGUUUGUCUUCAACUCAGCGAUAAUUUGAAACGAUUUCUGGAGUAUGAUUAUCAAAUGAUUACAAAACAUCAGAAACUCGUGAAUUUACCGGCCAAAAUUCCGGUGGUAACCAUUUUGGAAAAUUUUGUCAAAUAUUAUUCGAUCAAAUCAAUCUGUGCACCAAUAAAUGGCACCGAAGGACCCCGAAGAAGAAAUAGUUCAGCCAAAAAUGAAAAACGUGAAAAAGAUUAUGACAAAUUAAAAACUAGUAUUAAUCUACGCAAGGAAGUGGCAGAUGGUUUACGCAUUUAUUUUGAUUUCAUCCUUAAAGAUUAUUUAUUAUAUAAACAAGAAAUGGAACAGGCUUCAGUUUUGUUGUCAUCCGAUUACCUAAAGAACUUCACUUACAUCGGAUCAGAAAAACAAUCUCUGGACGCAGUGUUUGCAUUUAAGCAUGGUACCCUCAAUACAUUGGCAUCCGAACAUUCAGAAACAAAUCAAUCAUCUGUUGCCAAUGAUUUGACUGGUGAAGAACAAUCAACAAAGAGGCGCUUACGAUCGCAUAAAAAUGCAGAAGAGAACGAAAUUAUAUUGGAUUUGAACGUGGUGGCCCAGCAUUCGGCUGAAGUUAAUAGCAAUAACUCUUCCGAUUCAGGUGCAACAACGCAAGUAACUCAAAUGUCUAGCAUGAGUUUGCUUCGACAGCUAUUACCCGUGAAUAUGGCAGUCCCAUUGAAAACUCGCGAACUGCUACAAGAUAUUUUGGCAUGGCAAAUUCUUCCUUCAGAUGCACCAGCUGAACCGUCAAUGAUUUAUGGUUCGGUUCAUUUAAGUCGACUAAUUGUGAAAUUGCCAGACUUUGUGAAUGCAACAUACGCAAUGUCAGACGACAAAUUGAAAUUGUUGCUUCAGUAUUUGGAUUGUUUUAUUGAAUUCUUAGAAACCCAUAAGGAAUGGUUCACAGAGGAUCAAUACAAGGACGCCAUUAAAAUUGAAGAAUCCCUUUCCAGCACGUCAUCACCUUUAGCACAGCCCAUGGAGUGAUCGGCAUUCACAAAGACAUGAUUUAAUUAAGGAAUUGCAUUUCAGAAUAUGUAGUUUGUAUUGUUAUUUUUUAAUGAAAUAAAUGUAGGUAUUUGAAAACGAAAA